AUGCCAUUACGUGCGCCCGGAUUUCGACGAUCGGCCGACCGCUCCGCUCCUGUGGAGACAGUCAGUCGUUUCGAGGCUGCCGAGUUGACCGGGCGUCUAGUCGAGAGCUGGUGGAGAGCCGGGUUGUUCCGCGCUGUGUAUCUCUCUCUCUCUCACACACACACACACACACACACACACUCUCUAUCUGUUUUUCUGAAACCGUCAUUACUUUUCUUUCACGCCUGCCCGGUGUUCCUUCCUUUGUCGGCCGCCCCAUCGAGAUUUCGACGACGAAGGACCAUGGCGAGUACCACGAUCGCGACGAUUGUACUGCUGGCGGUGAUCCAGGCUGCCAUGUGCAACAAGAACUGCUCGCGCGUAUGCUAUCCGAGCGAGUUCUUUCCCGAGCUCAAAGGCAAUCUCACGAAGAUCGUCUGGGCGCACGCUGUGAACAGUAUGGCGGAAUUGGAGAAGGCACUCUCGUCAGGGGACGUCAUGAUGCUGGAGGCCGACGUCGUGAUGGGCAAACUGAACAAUACUACCAAUUCUACCGAAAUCCCAAUAAUGGCGCAUCCGCCGGCCACGGAGAGCGAUCUGUCGCUCGAGGAGUUUCUCAAUAUCAGCAACAAAAACGGCAGCAAGGGCAUCAAGCUGGACUUCAAGUCCAAUGAGGCUUUCGAGAGCAGCAAGUCUAUCCUAACAAAGUUGCGACCAGCGUUGAAGUACCCCGUUUUCCUCAAUGCGGACAUUCUUUCUGGACCGGUCAACGCUAAUACCACCGCUCCGCUUAAUGCAAAAGAUUUCCUGAAAGGAGCCAACGAUACCAUACCGGAGGCUGUUCUCUCCGUCGGUUGGACUACCAGGUACGGAAAGGAAUUCAACAUCACCGAGGGUCGAUACACCACGGAGCAGCUGAAGAAGAUGGUCGAUACUCUCAAAGAGAAUCGUGUCACCCAGCCGGUAACUUAUCCCGUACGAGCUGGCCUCGCGGCGAACGAUAUCGAUGGCAUAAACGCGUUGUUGAAGAACACAACGUUCGCCAACGCGACCCUGACGAUCUGGUCGUCGGAGGGCGAUUCCGUCGACGCCGCGCAACUUUCGAAACUGAUCAGAGAAGUGGGAGUCGACAAGGUCUACGUGGACGUGCCGAAGGACUUGAGGAGCAAGCUCAACCUCUCGGGCGCGUCCGCGAUGACAUCCGCGGUGAUGAUGAAUUUGGGCGCGUCGCUGGCGCUCUUGGUCCUGUCGAGGAUGCUGUAAGGUCGAAGACAUAGAGUAGCAGACGUAGACUUGCGGUGAGAUUCGAGAAAAGGGGAGGGAGCCCUUCGUCCCGGGGCGGGGGAGGGGGGCCUCUUGAUAAAGAAACGAAAGUACGAGCGAACGACGAACUCCGAUAACGAUCGCACGCCGUGAAUAUCGUUUGAUCGCCAUCGCGAUUGUUCAGUCGGUUCUUCGUCCGAUUCAUCGGCUACAUUUCUUAAAACGUAUACCUCUCACGACAUCCGAUGUUCGCAGCGAACAAUUUCCGCAGCGAGAUAUUUUCCACGCGAGAUUCCCUAUUCCGAGAAAGAAUAAUAUGCCCGUUUUUUGCCGAUAAAAUUUGUACUUAAGAGAAAUUGUUCAAACGACACACAAAACACAAGCCGAUUGUAUAAAACUUUCUUUUUUAAUAUAUCUGACACAGUAAGUAACGUAAAAAAAAAAUAACGCCUGCGUAUGUGUAGGUAAACGCGUUUCAAUUAUAUGGAGAAUAAAUAACUUUAAUACCGUUGAUAAACACAGUAACGCUUUACCUAUUGUUAAUUAAUGUCUAAAAAGUUUCUUAAUAUUAUAUUAUACGUAUGUUAAAUAAAAAUCAACUGAUAAACGUAGCAACCACACAUACACGCAACCGAUAUGAAGGACGCGCGUCUCUGACAAAUUGCCCCGAAAUUUUUUAUUAAAGUACAAAGUACAGCGAAAUGGAAAAAGGAGCGCACCGUACGUGAUUUCGUAUCGAGUACUACUUGCCGUGCGUGCGCACACUCGUGUGUUUAAUGUCCCUUCGUAAUGUUCACCAUCCUGUACCUGCGUUUAACAUAUCUCCGAUUUAGGUGCAGCAACAAAUUAUAUUAGUAUAUCUAUGUAAGCUACGUAUAUUAAAGCCAAAGGAUUUAAAAAAAUGCAGUAUACAAUGCGAGGACGCAUUGCGUUUGAUAAUGAGUCAAUAAAAUUACGCAAAAUUAUCGAGGAAA